AUAUUGUUCUAAGCACUUGGAGUUUGGAGCGGGAGGUGACCUUUGUAUUGGGGCGUUUUUGCCACGUCAAACGACGCCAGAGGGAGAAAUGGCGACACUUGGGUUCUUGUAGACAGCCAUUACUGUUACAUUGUCGGAAGAUUUAGAAUUGCGCAUGACUGAUAGACCACUAAGGAUCACCAGUACCUUUUGCACAUAUUUUCUCUUGCGAAACUCUUGGAGUGAAGCUGCUUCCAGUGAACCUCACUCCGGGCAUUACCUUUUAAUAAUUUCUAUCAAAGUGCCCACAAGCCACUGAAAGAAAUUUCUCAACAAGAUGGACCAGAAAGCGCCAAAGGCAGAAAACCCGAGUGACACUACCCCUGGAUGCAGCACUGGGGAUGAAGGGGCCACAAGUGCCAUUCAACAGAGUCAAGGGUCCGGUAACAUGACGGUCCUAGAUGGUCAGGAGAGAGAAACUGGACACAUGGAUGUGCAGGAAUGUUACAAGGACGAAGAUGUGGUGGCAUUCUCAGAAACAGAAACCUCAGUGACCCAAAUUGCAGGCCAUAGUCAAGUGAGCGGCCAGGGCAACAAAGUUAUCAACAUCGGCCCCAAUUCCACCGUCACCAUCUUCCACGGAACAUCAGAUGAUACCAACACAGUUCCCAGCAUUGGCAGCCCUACUGAAGAUUUCCCACUGGCUCAAUGUCAGGACGCGCUCAGGGCAUAUUUCAAGACAAGAAUGAGUUACCUUCACCCACUAGCGUGGAACGAAACCUACACCGUGAAAAUUCAGGACGUUUUUACGACUGUAGAUCUCGUGACUCGUACACAGCAGGGAGGAAACAUUAAACGACGUGCCCUCCCCUCGACUGUCGAUGCCUUGAGCGCCAGGCCCGACUGUCCCCAGCCCCGGCGCAUUCUUGUCGAAGGUAACGCAGGGAUAGGGAAGACAACAGAGGUUUCAAAGCUCGCUUUUGACUGGGCUGAGUCAGAGGGACGUUCUCCAAUUCUAGAAAAGUAUGAUCUUGUCUUCCCAAUCGCGCUGCGGAAGGUAGGUGAGUCCCAGUCUCUCGCAGGGUGUAUCUUCGACCAACUCCUGCCAGAAGAUGUGCCGUUCCAAGAGUCGGACUUGGAAACAUACUUGAAGGGGAAUGACAGAGUCUUGAUCAUUCUAGAUGGCUUCGACGAGUGGUCCAAGCACGAAGAACAUGACGUCACCAAACUCCUGACAGGUAAGAUUCUCCGUGAGUGCUCCCUACUGGUCACCACCAGACCUUCAAACACCCCACAGCUGCACAGUCUGAUGUGUCCGGAUACACGCGUGGAGAUCACAGGGUUCAGCCAGGACAACGUCCGCACUUACAUCCACAAGUUCUUCAAGGGAGACCAGGGCAAGGCGGCAGCCUUAGUAAAGAAGAUGGACUCCUCCCUUAUUCCUUCAGGCAUUCUAGCAACGCCAAUCCUGCUUUUGCUGACAUGCAUAAUGUGGGAAGAGAAUCCUGAUAUGGUCCUAGGGGGUAGAAUCGGUCCACUUUAUGAUGAAUUGGUUUCCUUCAUCAUAAGGCGACAUUGCGCAAAGAACAACGUUGCUUCUAAUCAAGGUAUUCCAGACAACAUCAGAGAUGCACUCUUGUGUGCUGGUGCUCUUGCUUUCAAUGGUUUGUUGCAGAAUAACCUCGUAUACAACAAAGAAGAUGUGGCCAGGUAUUGUUCUGGAGACAGUUUACAGGUGCUUGUAUUGUUAGGGAUCCUUCACAGACAAGAAAGCCCCUCUAGACUCAACCCUUCUGACCAGUUUUCCUUCUCCCAUAAGACAAUGCAGGAAUAUUUUGCAGGGUUGUAUUUCGCCAAGACGCUUCAGGGUGAGCCAGUACAACAGCCAACUCUAAACACGUACCUAAGAACGGCUCAAAGUGUGCGAGACUUGGAAAACGUUGUUGUCUUUGCCUGUGCAAAGUUAGGGUGUGAGGCAGAUGUUCUAUUGGCUCAUCUUGUCAAAAUCUACCAACAGGAGGUUGAGCCUUUGUCUUAUGCAUCCAGUGAUUGCAAAUACGUAAAUCCUUCUCUUUAUUCUAAAUGUCGGGCUACAGGGAAUGAGGAAGAGAUUAAGAGCCAUGUUGAUUUAAAUUUCAUUCGCUACCAAACAUACCUUGAAAUUGCACUGUUAUGCUUCUAUGAAAGUGGUUGCCUCUCACAGUUCGAGAACAUCUUUCUCACCAAAGGUUUUAUUCAGUUCUCAGAUGUGGGACCUCGUGUCUACAACGCCUUGGGACAUGUUCUGAAGAAAAUUCCGUCUGAGUCCCUUAGAAAUCUAACAUGUCUAUGGUUGGUCAAUAGCUGGCAAUGCUUUGUUGUUCCUAUAAUGGACACCCUGAAGAUGAUGAACUUGUCUGAGUUGAGUCUUCGCAGUGCCUGUCUUGGAGGUCACGACUCCAACACAGGACCCUGUGCCCGCCUUUCACAACAGCUGCCUCAUCUGACAGGUCUGAGGAAGCUUGUGCUGUCUUGGAAUUCUCUUCUCUGCUCAGACUUACUUGUCUUACUGCCUUCCUUGAAGACGUUGGUGAACCUUGAAGAGUUGUAUCUCUCUGGUAACAGGUUUGCAGGUUGUGGAAAGAGUCUGGCCGAGCUGCCAUGUUCCUUGCGGAGUCUGAAGGCUCUGAAGGUGUAUAAAUGCGGACUUAGUCUGGAGGAGGUUCUUCAGAUAGCCAUUGCAGUUGUGCAGCACUGUCCGAAGAUGACAGAGUUUGACUACAGACGUAAUAAGACAGGUCCAGGUGGCGAUGAGAAAGUUCUGGCUGUGCUGAGGGGCAAGUGGCCUGAUGCUACAUAUAGAAGGGGAUCCAGAUCAGUGAUUCUUGGACAGCCAAAACCUCCCUCCUAGAUCCUACAUACCAUGAAUUGGUUCAGCAUCGGUCAUGCUCAAGCCAACAACAAAAUCCAGGCACUUACAAGUACUUAUUUAGACUUUCAUUAGAUGAUUUAUGGACCUGUUUAGGCUGUUUCCACUCUAUAUACAUAUUGGUCAUUGACUACCAUGUUGCAAUUUUAUCAUGAGUAAGAGAGAUUUAGACUCCUGUCACCAUAUAUGUGAAUGUAUUUGAGUAAGAAUUAACAGAGCAGACUAUAUGCAAAGGUAAACAUUAUGCAUUUGAAAAUGUUACCUUGUUAGUUACAAUGUUAUUUCUGUAAAAUCAGACAAGAAUGUAUACACACCAAGAGUGCUUGUUGUUGUAAAUUUAUUGACAUCGGCAUCAAAGUUGGCACCACAGACCUUUAAGCUGAUACUUUGAUCAGACACACAUUGUACAUGCACCAUUUUCUAAUCGAAAUAGUAUCCAGGGAUUUCACCGUAUUUGAUGUUUCUACUACCCGAGUCUUCACCAUACCAUUUAUAAUAUUGAGAUUAAAACCUUUCAGACGUACUAUAAUAAGGAAAGGACUAUGUGAAGGUGAAGUGCCAUAUUUGCACAGAUUGUAAGAUGUCCUUUAAACUCUGAGCUAGAUGU